AUGGGAAACUUGCACCGCAGUGGGGUGGUUAGGAAGUCGAAUGAUAGUGCUCGACUCGUUAUAACAACUUUUAUGGGAAUGCUGCUUGGAUAUUUUAUAGGUGUUUCGUUUCCGUCAGUUUCUUUAACCAAGAUUAGUUUACCUUCAAGCCUGAUGUCAUCUUUUGAUUUCACCUUCAAUGAUGAUCGCCAUAGUUCUGCUAGUCGUAGUUUUCCUGAAAAUCUUGGUUCUGGCAGUACUCCUUCGACACCUAAGAUCUAUGUUCCUUCAAACCCUCGUGGUGCAGAGUCUUUGCCACCAGGAAUUGUAGUUUCAGAGUCGGAUUUUUAUUUACGAAGAUUAUGGGGUGAACCUAGUGAGGAUCUGAAACGGAAGCCCAAGUACCUAGUAACUUUUACAGUUGGUUUGGAGCAAAAGAACAAUAUUGAUGCAGCAGUAAAGAAGUUCUCUGAGGAUUUUCAAAUUAUGCUUUUUCACUAUGAUGGGCGGACCAGUGAAUGGGAUCAGUUUGAGUGGUCACGGCGUGCAGUACAUGUUAGUGUUAGGAAGCAAACAAAAUGGUGGUAUGCAAAGAGAUUUCUGCACCCUGAUGUUGUAGCUGCUUAUGAUUAUAUUUUCAUUUGGGAUGAAGAUCUUGGAGUUGAACACUUCAACGCUGAUAAGUAUAUUCAAUUGGUUAAGAAACAUGGUUUAGAGAUUUCCCAGCCUGGUCUUGAACCUAACAAUGGACUGACAUGGCAAAUGACAAAGAGGAGAGGUGACAGAGAAGUGCACAAGGAUACGGAAGAAAAACCAGGCUGGUGCAGUGAUCCACAUUUGCCUCCAUGUGCAGCCUUUGUGGAAAUUAUGGCUCCAGUGUUUUCUCGUGAAGCUUGGAGAUGUGUUUGGCAUAUGAUCCAGAAUGAUUUGGUACAUGGAUGGGGUUUAGAUUUUGCACUCAGAAGAUGUGUCGAUCCUGCGCAUGAAAAAAUUGGUGUUGUUGAUUCUCAGUGGAUUGUGCAUCAAGUAAUUCCAUCUCUUGGAAGUCAGGGUCAAUCUGAGAAUGGGAAUGCUCCAUGGCAAGGGGUAAAAGACAGAUGCAGAAAUGAGUGGGCAAUGUUUCAGGAUCGCCUCGCUAAUGCAGACAAGAAAUAUUUUGCACAGCUUGAUAAUAAUUAA